CCCACACGGCAGGCAGCAACCGACUAGCUGGACUCAGAAGUGCCGAGAGAAAGAAAGAAAGAAGGAAGGAAGGAAGGAAGUUCGCACGAGUCUGUAGGACCUGCCUUGAUCUCGGCUCGAGGGCAGCCCCCUUGGUCUCCCAUUGUCCAGAUGUGAUUCUUUGGGACUCCGAAGAAGUUUCAGAAAGUAGCAAGGUAAUAAAAGAAAAAAGAAAAAGAAAGGAGAAGAAAGGAGCUGGCUGCUUUUCCAGAGAUGACCCGCUAGGACUGAGGAUCUGGAAGGAUUUCCCCUCUUCAGUUGGCCUUCCACCAGUUUCCUCGGGAUUUUUCUAUAAUUUCUCCCCACAUUUCAACAAAUUGGCAACCAACCUUUGGCUUUCGGACACCUCAUUUUCAGAGUCAAGAAUUAUGCUAGACAAUUUUAAAGGGUCUUUGAGGAUUCUGAGUUCCCUAGUUGUGCUUGGAUUCCAGCUGGUCAUUCCACAGCCUUCCAUCGAUCACAGAAAGGUACCCCAAAGGAUAAAAGAUGGGAACGUUGCCCCAGAAGAAGAGAGUGGAGGAAUCCCCGGGGUUUGGGGCAGUUGGGGACCUUGGUCAGCUUGCUCCAGAAGCUGCAGCGGUGGAGUGAUGGUGCAGAUGCGUCCAUGUCUUCCAGGAUACUACUAUGACAGGACCUCUAACAAUCCUGGGCAGUAUGCUGCUUCGGGGAGGGCACUGGCUCAUCUCCAGCAACUGCCUCAAGAAGACUCCCUGCCUCCUUUCUCUGGUCACGUCAUCUCAGCCAUCCGGACAUCGGUGCCUCUUCACAGGAAUGAGGAACCAGCACGGGCUGCCCUCUCCUCCUCCUCUUCCUCCUCCUCCUCCUCUGGAGGACGCAAUGACAGCUAUUGGAGCAGAGCAACCUCAAGAGGGGCUCAGGUUUCUCAGUCCCGAAGACGUAGCCCCAAAUCUGAAAGAAGAGGCCGGAAGAAAAACACCAUUGGACCUGGGAAAUACGGCUAUGGAAAAGUUCCCUACAUCCUCCCGCUGCAGACGGACACGGGACAAUCGACGGCACAUAAGCCCAGAAAGCAACGUCAGUCCAUGCAACCUGCACCCAGCCAACAAGGGGCUGGUGAAAUCUCCACUUUUGCCCAUCCAGGGAGCCCUUCCCAUCAUCAUCCUGGAGGAACGUACCAAGGUGAUCUCCGGUCUUCUCCAGCCAGGACUCAGGUUGCAAGUAGCUCUUUCUAUCAACAGCCAGGGCCCCAUUUUCAAGCCUUCCCAGCAGCAUCUCAAAGCUUGUUCCAGGGCGGAGAACGAAGCAGGCAUCUCCCUGGAGCAUCUCAUCCACCCGUCCAAGGGCAGAUGUCCACUCAGCCGGCUGCCGCAAUUGUGUGCACUGGAGCCUACAAGCAGUAUCGGCUCUGCAAUACAAACGCCUGCCUUGAGAACAGAAACAUCAGAGAGGUCCAGUGCGCGUCAUACAACAACAAGCCAUUUAUGGGCCGAUUCUACGAGUGGGAGCCAUUUGCUGAAGUGAAGGGCACUCAGAAAUGUGAACUCAACUGCCGAGCUGUCGGCUACCGCUUCUACGUGAGACAGGCGGAGAAAGUUAUCGACGGGACACCAUGCGAUCAAAAUGGAACCUCCAUCUGCGUGUCGGGGCAAUGCAAGACUAUUGGCUGCGAUGACUACCUGGGUUCCGAUAAGGUGGUGGACAAAUGUGGAAUCUGUGGAGGGGACAACACAGCUUGCAGGGUGAUCUCAGGAGUCUUCAAGCACAGCCUGACCAACCUGGGCUACCACAAAAUAGUCGAAAUUCCAGAAGGGGCCACCAAAAUCAACAUCACUGAGAUGUCCAAGAGCAACAAUUACUUGGCAUUACGGAGUCGAUCAGGACGUGCUAUUAUCAAUGGGAAUUGGGCAAUUGAUCGACCUGGGAGAUAUGAGGGAGGAGGAACAAUGUUCAUCUAUAAACGACCCAACGAGAUCUCAAGUACUGCUGGGGAAUCCUUUUUAGCAGAUGGCCCAACCAAUGAAAUCUUGGAUGUCUAUAUGAUUCAUCAACAGCCCAAUCCAGGUAUACAUUAUGAGUACAUUAUUCCAGGUCCCAACACCAUCAGUUCCCAGGUGCCUCUUCACAGACGGCCAGGGGAGCCAUUCAAUGGCCAACUGGAUGUGACAGAAACCGUGAAUUAUGAGGAGGAAGAUUUGCAUCAGGAGACAAGCAGUCACCCGAGACAACCAGGGAUGAGUCAGCCCGGAAGAUUUCCUUCCCAAGUUCCAGACAACCAAGUCCCUGUUGGUCAGCCUCCGAGACGCAGCCGGGAACAUAACUGGAAGCAAAUUGGAAUGACUGAAUGCAGCGCGACUUGCGGGAAAGGGGCGCAAUACCCCAUCUUCCGCUGCGUGCACAGAAACACUCACGAGGAGGUGGCUGACAGCUCCUGUGACGUCAACUCCAAGCCCACCCCUGAGGAAGAACCUUGCAAUCUUUUCCCUUGCCCAGCCUUCUGGGAUUUAGGAGAGUGGUCCGAGUGUAGCAAAUCCUGCGGCCUGGGGAUGCAGCACCGCCAAGUUCUCUGCCGGCAAGUCUAUGCCAACCGCAGCUUAACGGUUCAGCUGCACCGAUGCCAACACUUGGAGAAACCAGAGAGGACAAGUACGUGCCAACUGAAGAUCUGCAGUGAAUGGCAAAUUCGGACAGAAUGGACAUCGUGUUCGGUUCCAUGUGGAGUUGGCCAGAGGACACGGGAUGUAAAAUGUGUCAGCAACCUUGGAGAUGUCGUUGAUGAUGAGGAAUGUAACAUGAAGCUACGGCCAAAUGACAUUGAGAAUUGUGAUAUGGGGCCCUGUGCCAAGAGCUGGUUCCUUACGGAAUGGAGUGAUCGGUGCUCGGCAGAAUGUGGUUCCGGCGUCCGAACCCGUUCCGUGGUCUGCAUGACAAACCACAUCAGCAGUUUGCCCCUGGAGGGUUGCGGGCACAACAGACCCACGGAAAGCACCCCCUGUGACAACGGGCCUUGCCUGGGGAAAGUCGAGUGGUUUGCUGGCAGCUGGAGUCAGGUACCUUUAAUGCAUGGAUGCGAUGUAUUUCUGGAUCCUUCUUUAGCUGGAGGGGGUGCGAUGGCUCAGAGGUUAAAGACACUGAACUUGUCAGCUGGAAAGCUGACAGCCCUGGUUAGACAGAGAGAUCUUCCAACCUCACCACAAUUCUUUUGUUCCUUGGUUUUGCAGUGUUCCAAGUCCUGCGAAGGGGGCUUCCGAAUCCGGGAGGUGCGAUGCCUGUCAGAUGACAUGUCCCCCAGUACCAAAUGUGACUCCCAGCUGAAGCCGGUGGAGAAGGAGUCCUGCAACACCCAGGACUGCGUCCCUGAAAUAGAUGAAAAUUGCAAGGAUAACUACUACAACUGCAACGUUGUGGUUCAAGCCCGCCUCUGCGUCUACACCUAUUACAAGACAGCCUGCUGCGUGUCCUGUUCCAGAGUGGCAAAUCGGCAGUCGGGCUUUUUAGGGAGAAGAUAACAGCUGCUCUGUCCUGGGCUUCGGAUCUGUGCCUCAGUUCUCCCAAGCUGCUUUCACAACACUUCUACCUUCCCAAGAGUGGUUCUUUUUUCUCAUAAUGAUGGAAGGAGCGAUGGAAGCACCUCUGGGGGAUACCACUAACACACACUGUAAUAAAAAUUUUGGGGAAACCCAUGCUGUAACGCUGGACCUUCAAAGCUUUAGGCAUGAGGAUACACACUGAUGGAUGGAUGGAUUUAUUAUGUGCCAUCAAGUUACUGAUGUCUCUUAGCAACCUCAUAGAUUUUCUCCAUGUCAAUCUGUUGUCCCUAACCUGGUCUUUCAGCGCUUCAGGAUGCGUGUCAAUAGAGGUAGUCUUCAAACUUACAACCAGAAUCGGGACCAGAAUGUCCAUCGUAAAUCAUUGCGGUUGUAAAUUGACUGUAGAAGGCACAGGGUCUGAUUGAACAUCUGGCAGUUCUAGAACGAAGUGGGAGAGAUCUUUGCAUUGUCACUUUUGAUGAAGCUCAUCUGAUUGGGUGCUGCCCUGGGCAAAGUGACUUGACCAUUAGUGGUUGACUUUGUUAGAGGUUUUGUCUAAGCAAGACUACCUGGCAUCUCACAGUCUCUUUGAAGGCAAGGAUAGAUAUGAAAAAUGUCAUCGAAACAACUCCUCAUUGACUUGACUUGAGUUAAAUUGACCUACCCAACUUAUGUUCUCUUUGACUUACAAAAAGGCAGCUUCAAGGAGGGCUGUGCAGAGGAGGAAUGGGUUAUAUUUUUUUGUAGAAAUGGAUUCCUUACUCUUCUCUCCCCACAAAUCUUGCAGAAUGGCCUGGGUUUUUUCCCAAUCACUUGAAUUGUCUUCUUGUAAACAAUCAAGUUGUUUCAGUCUUCUUUUUCAGGUUCAUCACAUUCCUUUCUUCAGCUAUGGAGCAAGUUGAAGGAACCCGUGUUUACUGUCUCCAUGUUUCAUUUGUAGGACCGUUCCACAAGACCUCCCUCUGGGCUAAGAACUUUUUCUGUGUCCUAUCAUUUUCAUUCCCUGUUCUUGGAGAUAUGGAGAACAAGCUUCCUUAAGUUUAACUAUGUUUAUGUCACCGAGGCGAUUGCUUUUGAUUUCCAAUCAAGGCAUUGAAGGAUGAGAAUCGGUCAGGGUAGGCCUCCUGCAUCAUCCUUCAGUUCUUGGAUGGAAAUAGAUAUCUCAAGGACGUGUCUUGUUCACUUCGAAGAGAAGAAAGAAUUAGGAACUCAGAUUUCAUAUCUGAUGAUGAUUUUAGUUCAAGAAGAGAAGGUUCAUUCCAUCUUGUUCCCUCUAUUCAGUUUUAGCUCAGAUCCCCGUUGGCUUUGCAAUAAACAAGAUCAGCUCGUGGUUUGGAGAAAAUUAGCUUUGUUUAUGCCAGGUCCAUACAAAAGUAGAGAGAUUUCUCGUCUCUGUUCAACAGAGGCAUGAAAACGAAGCCAGAUUUAGGCAACUGGCAGAAUGAGGCCCCGCCUCCCCUUCCCUGUGCCAACUAACCUAAAAUUAACCCCACCUGGCAACAUAAAGAAGGAUAUACUUUUUUUAUAACUUAUUUUUUUAUAUUUGUAAAUACAAGAUGUUUAUAGGAAAGUAUGUAUUCUAAACGAUGUCUAUGCAGAUCAAGCCACUACAGCAAAAUAGUUCUAUUAUUUAGAAAGCGAUAUUUUUUUGUGGUGUAUUUUUAACAAACAAACGAACAAAAAAAAAGGGACUAAAAUUGUAUUUAUUUAUAUAUUCCACUGCCAUGUUUGUCCAGUUUUUUUGGUAAUACUAAUCAGCUUUUAGUCUGGAAAUUUUAUACCAUGUCGAAUAUAUCAGUAUCAUACUUAAAUCCAUAUUUAAUGGGUAUUUUUAAAAAAAAUCCAUGGUUAAUCAUCCAUUUUUACAAAUGGCUUCUUGUGUUAAAAAGUGAGAGAUGUAUAAGUUAAAAGGACCUCUAGACUAGUUCAGGAUUUAUAUUCUCAGCAAUCCACCUGGACUGCAUCUGUACAGCAUACUUUAAUAUUUGUAUACAUAUUCGCCAAUGAGGAAAAAAAAGAUAUUUUUGCUUAUGACUAAUUUAUUUUUUAUUAUUGUGAAAAAAUAAUAAAGAAAUUA